AUGAGAAAAUGUGAAGAAGGACGAGCUGCACCAUCGAAUGAAAUUUGUCUAAUAAAUAUUGAAGAAAGAAAAACAAUUGUUAAUAAAUUAAUUCAUAGUGCUAAAAAUUGUUGUCGUGUUUGUGUAGAAAAUAAAUAUUGUCGAUUAGAACCAUAUCGUCCAUCUACAUCGAAAGCUACAUUUGUUGACGAAAUAUUUUCAAGAACACAUCAUAUGCAAUGCAUACCAACAUUUAGUGAUGAUCGAACAUCAGUAACAGUUUAUUUUGUUGAACUUGAAGAAAUUAUUGAAGAAAAUAAAUAUAAAUUUCGAAUAAUUGCUUGUAAUCAAGUUGAUCAACCAUAUCCAAAAGACCGAUCAAGAAUUAUUGUUGCUAAAAAUUCAUUUAGCAUGUCAUAUGAUUUUUCAGAAAAAAACAUGGGUACACGUAUUCAUUUACCUAUAAGUGCGAUUGGUAAUGAAUGGUUUGAUUUAAAUUAG